AUAAGCGCACCGGAUAACCGAUAGCUCGUCAGUCAGUUCUCAAACGCCUUCAGCUACAGCUACAGCCUAGCAAGUCGCCGCGACGCGUUCUUUGCGCAGAAAGCCAAAGCCACCCCAAAAAGCAACCACCAACAACAAUGGCAUCGUUCAAAGUUACCCUGUUCUUCGCCCUCGUUGCGUUCGUCGCCAUGGUGUCGGCCAUCCCUGCCCCGCAGCAACCGGCCGCAGCCCGGCAAGCGAUCGAACCCCGACCAGCGGCCGCUGCCGAUGCUGCCGACGAGCUCGAAGCCGGUGCCGACGAUAAGGAUCUGAAGGGUGCUUCCUCCUUCGGCUACGGUUACUACGGCUAUCCGGGCUACUACGGCUAUGGAUACCCUGGAUACUCCUACAGCUAUGGAUGGGGUCGCUACCCAUACUACCGCUACGGAGGACUGUACGGCGGCUACUGGUACUAGAGCGCUAGAUCACCCAUUACGCCAUUGCCAUCACGCACCCGGAUAAGCGACACGCAACGCAUUGAUCUGUCUCACCGAAGCAUCGUCAUCCCUGUCCUUCACCUCUCUUCGAAACGAACUUUUCCCCCUAAUCACAAACUUGACUCAACCCUUUUCGUCUAAGCUUAGUUCCCGCAACGGUUCUUCUGCAGUUAACGAUCAUCCGUUUCGGUGCUACUAGUUUUUGUUCAUCUACUGUUACUGUGUUUAUACGUUUUUAUAUUUAUACAAAGCAAAGAAAAACCAAAAACGCUGCCGUUCGAAGGAAAUGUCCCACCCCACAUGAAACUGGAAAACUUUUGUAUAUAAUGGUUAUUCUUUUUUUUCUAAUAAAAAGAGCAUAAACAGUA